AUGGCAAUUCUCUCCCGUUACCUGCCCUUCUCCGAGGCGACUACAACACUGCAAGCAGUGACAUACCUCCUCGGCAUCUCUCUCUUCUCCAUUUCCUUUCUCGUCUUCCUCAACAGCAGCAUAUCCUUUGUCAUUACCGACCUCAUUGGCGUUAAGGAUGGCGUCGGCGACAUCGUCGGCACUCUCGGCUUCGUGGACGAGCUCGUUGCGCUCGUCGCAUGUCCGGUCUGGGGGUUGGUCUCGGAUCGGCUCGGUGUAAGAUGGGUGGCCGUCAUUGGAUACGCCGUUAUUGGCGCAGCUUUGAUACUGUUCGUUCAAGCGAAGAACAUAUAUCCGCAACUGCUCCUGGCACGUAUCUUCUUUGCCAUUGGCGCGACUGCCGCGUAA